GAGAGAGGGGGGAGAGAGGGAGAGGAGACAUACUGGAUAAAGGCUACGACAAAAACAUGAUGAUAAUGGAGUCGAGGCGGUGGAGGAUGUCGGAUUUACGAGAAAGGACUGUUGAGAUUUGACAGAGGGCUCGUGUUGAAACCUGUUUUAUUUUUUUUUUUUCAUUUUUCGCGUGGACACUGAAGGCUACCGGAGGGGAAAAGGGUGAGCACCCCCCCACGGAUGCCUCGGAAGGUAAAAACGGGCUCCACCGCUGGCGCAAGAACGGCACCGAGACGCACCCCCUCUCACGGAUCGGUAAUAAAAGGACAUCCCGAAGGAAGCUCCGCACUGAUGGAUGAGGAUGAAACCCAGCUUUAACCCACCUCCACUGUGAAAUUACAGGGGAAAAAUCCUGUUUAUAUGGAUUUUUUUCAAUCUUCAUGGUGUAACCCCAAAAAAGCGAGCCUUAGACAGCAAUGUUGAAUCACUGGUCUUGGUAAAUUAUUCAUUAUAGUGGUGUAGGUAUGGCUAUGAUUUUUUUCUACUGCUCCAAUGUAGCAUUUCCCCCUCAUUCAGUUUUACCAUGUUCAGCCUUGUGAUAUCACACACACAUUUGCAGGUUACAUUUUUCUACCGUGUGGUUAUGUAGGCCCACUUAAUAGCCUUUAACAAUAGCCAAAGUGGGGGAAAUUUAAGCACAUUUGAUAUAGAGUUGUUUUCUUCUACGAGGGGGUGGAAAGAGAGAUACAAAACCCAAACAUGUUGCCUUCCCAAGAAGCCUCCAAGAUCUACCAUGACAAUUACAUGCGCAACUCCCGGGCCAUCGGGGUGCUGUGGGCCAUCUUCACCAUCUGCUUCGCCAUCGUCAACGUGGUGGUGUUCAUCCAGCCCUACUGGAUCGGAGACAGCGUCAACACGCCGCAGGCCGGCUACUUCGGUCUCUUCCACUACUGCGUGGGCACCGGGCCGUCGCCCAACCGGGAGUUCACCUGCGUGGGCAGCUUCUCCGACUUCAGCUCCAUCCCGUCCGGAGCCUUCAAGGCGGCCUCGGUGUUCGUGCUGCUGUCCAUGGUGCUGACCCUCAGCUGCAUCGCCUGCAUGAUGCUCUUCUUCUUCUGCAACACCUGCACUGUUUACAAGACCUGCGCCUGGAUGCAGCUGCUGUGCGGAGUGUGCCUGGUGCUGGGUUGCAUGAUCUUCCCCAACGGAUGGGACGCCGAGGUGAUCCGGGACAUGUGCGGGGAGCAUGCCGGGAAAUACUCACUGGGCGAUUGCUCGGUACGCUGGGCCUAUAUGCUGGCCAUCAUGGGCAUCCUGGAUGCCCUCAUCCUCUCCUUCUUGGCCUUCGUCCUUGGCAACCGGCAGACAGAUUUCUAUCUUGAUGAUUUGCAGAUAGACAACAAAGAUUUUGCUGUGUCAAGGAUUGAAGUGCGGGACAGAAGAGAGCCGAGGUAUGGAGUACAACGUCUUCACUGAGGGCAACAAUGGCUCUGGACAACUUCAUUCCUCUUCUCUUCUCUUUACUACAUCUGUUUCUUUCCCUCUCUUUUCUUCUGCCCUUUUCUUCUCUUAUCCCCAAUGAUCAGGAUAUCACCCAAUCUUAAUGCAGACACCAAGUGCACCAGAUUCUGUAAGAUAAAAAAAAAUACAACUAAACACAAUGGGAUAAAAUAAAAAGUUUAAUUCAAACCAAGUUGUACAGUGCAUUUAACACUCAACUUUAUCAACAAAAGAGGUUUAUGGCAUCCUCUCAGCAAGAUUUAUAGAACAAAUUCUCAAGAGUUUUUCUUCUCCCUGUGCAGGAUGCAUAGUAUCUGUUUGUGACUGUACCUGACAUAGAAUUCAUGAAUUAUUUUUUAAUAUUAAAUUAAUCAGUUCGAACUGUUGUUAUUGUUCUUGCAUGAGGCCCGUUAAGUCCAAUAAUAAUGGAAUUAGCCUAUAAAAUAGCCAACAUGUUUUACAGUACUAAUACCAUAACAGAAAAUAAAGUCAUAGAAAUAUCAAAAAAGUAUUAUUUAUGUAGCAUUGUGACAUCCCAACAAUAAUACCAAGAUUAUAUUUGCUCAAAGAAUUACAAUGUACAAUGAUGUAGCACCGCAAUCAACACCACCCCUAUCAGUGCUCGUGAUCAAAACAUAUGAGUUGAAUAAUGCGCUGAAAUAUUUGUCCCUGCUACAACAGCAACAAAAAGGUUGUAAUUUCUACAGACAAACAAGACAACACAGAAGUGAUUGGCUUGGCACAGCUAAUGGGAGAACUCCUGUAAUAACCAGGAAGUUACGCAUUUCUGGUUUUAAUCAUAUGAACGUGUGCUACUUCGUACAAAAAAAUAGCAAAUGCUUCAUUCCAGCAAGGAGAUACUUUACUCUGUUUGCCGCUGCCGCUAUGAGGUCUGUAAGUCAACAUUUCAACUAUGAGCACAGUUGAUGAUGCCUCUGUAGGCUAUAGCCUGUGUCAAUGACACCGAUUGUCAUGAUAUCAAGUAUGAGUUGAACAUGUGACAGGCUGCAAUUGCACAUUACAACAGUUGGCUGGAGUCCAGAGCUCUUAUCUCUCUCAAAACAGUAUUUCACUGUAACUGACCCUCCUGCAGAACCAAACCAGUGUCGAGUCCCCACAGAAAUGAAAUUACUCGUGUCAUAAAAGCACACAGUUUAUUGUUUCAUAUGAGAAAUUGGAAU